GGAUAGUCGCCGCACUUUAAAUUACUGCUUUCAACUUCGGUGCCAAAUAACUUUUAAAACAAAAGCGUUGUAGUACUUGUAGAGAUUUGCUCUUAGUGACUUGCGCAAAUUCCCAGCGGUCAAGCGGUUGUGGUGGUGGGUACUAAGAGCAAUGAUAGCCUUUUUUCAAUUGAACUAACUAGCUUUUCAAAAACGAAAACGGAAAGGCAGAGUUCAGUUUGUUUUUAGCCUUAUUUUUCACCAUAUGAUCUUUCUCGAACAGAUGAUUAUACAUAAUUUUCCACCUUAGUUUUGGAGACGCAGAUCAGUCGACAAUGCUUAGGGUAUUUUCAAAGUUAGCUAAAUCGGAAAAUUACAGAGAAAAUCUCUCAAAGCCUUUUCCUGCAAAUUUAAGCUGUAAGAAAAAGGUUUUCUGGGGAAUCGGCUUUCCAGAAACCGUUUUUUAUGAUCUUAGGUGUUGAUUUAAGCAUGAUUCGAUUUAACUAUCAUCAGCAACCUAGAAAAAAGUUUGUGAAGGAAAAAUCACCUUUUUGAGGUUUUUCAGUGGUCAAAAACCGUAAGGUUUUCUGGAAACCCAACUCUGAAGUUCUGUGCAACUCUAAAAAGUGUUCUUUAUGAAAGAGCAUAUGCGAAAACCUAUAAAUACUAAUUUUCAAGUGGUUUGGAGCUAUUUAACACCAAUGUUGACUUGCCUAUCAGAAAUUGCUCACUGUGGGUAGGCAUGCACCGGUUAUGGUUAAGGGUAACCGGUCAUAACCGUAAUCGUAACAACCGGUCGAACGGUUAACCGUAACCGUGAAUAACCGGUCGAACGGUUAACCGUUACCGUAACCCAGGCCGUGAAAAAUGAGCCAUAAAUGACUCAUUUAUGGACCAUAUAUGGCUCAUUUUUAGAUCAUAUCUCUCCCACAUUUAUCUCAUUUAUUAUAUUAUAAUAUAGUGAUAAUUUUGUCAUUUUUCUAUAUGGACUAUAAACGAUGGAUGCCGUUUGUUUGUACGAACGACGCACUAAUGCACUUAAAAUGCAGAAAAAUGGUCACUAACGUACACGCGGAAAUCAGUGUCAUUAAUAGCAGGAUACAAAAUAAUCUUAAUCAACUUUCGCUCAAAGAAUCCAAACAAGAUUGUAUAUACUAUUCUUUGUUUCCAAAUAAAUUAUUCUUUAUUUUUCUACAAUCAGUACACGAAGCUGUUAUGAAGCGGUUAUUUAUGGUUACGGUUAACCGUUCGACCGGUUAUUACGGUUACGGUUAAUAACCGUAACCGUGGCAUGCCUAACUGUGGGAUGCAUUGAAUGAAGGGCGAUCAGUAGGCUUUUCCGGCUAAACCCUUGUUGGAUCUACUGGAAUGAAAAUCCGUUAUCCGUAUCGCUUGUGACACCCUCAACCCAUGCACGGUAACGAUAACGAUACACAGUCACUUGCGUAUGAAUACAACUAUGAUUAAACACUCGGAGAGACAAAGUUUCACGUUCUAUGAAUUCAAAAACCGAAAAGAUCAGUACCAAAAUUCGAAGGUUUGAAUAUGACUGAAUUAGAUGGAUUUGCUCAAUUAAAUAAUGUAUUGGUAAUAGGUACAACUAAUUUUCCAGAAACUAUUGAUACAGCCCUUACACGACUAGGACGACUCGAAACACUUAUCAAAGUUGAAUUACCAAGUGAAAAUGACAGACUGAAAAUUCUUGAUAUAUACACAAGAUCGAUGUUACAAAAUCAUUUACUUGAUAAUGAUAUUGACAUAGAACAAAUACUUUUUGGUACGCACGGUUUAACAGGAGCACAUUGA